AUGGACCAGGAAGAUGAACUGGACGCGCAUCGAGGCCAAGGCGUAGGGCGGACUCCAGCGAUGGACCUUGUACUCAGUGGACGGCGGGCGAAGGGCUCGGCGAGGGAGGCAAAGGACCGGAACAGAUAUUACAGAUCGAGCCACUCAGCGUCGAACCUGUUACCGUCCGGUGAGUCGGAUACGUGCAAAGAGAAGAACAGAUACUACGAUCAUGGCACAGAGCAGAUGGCACCGGUUGGAAACAGGACCUGGGGCUGCCCGACACUGAAGAAGAGGCCGGAGCAGGAGAGCGACACAGCAAUCAUCAUUUUCACCAAAGACGAGGUGGAGGGAGGGGGGGGGCACGGAGAGCCUCACAUUCCUGACGUACGCGGAAAAGUUGAGUGCCUGAUUUUGGGCAUGUUCAAAAAGUGCAUCUAG